AUGGCUUCCGCCGUCGCUUGCAAGGGUGCCGCGCCGGUCAUCCCCCUCAAGUCCGGUGCUCCCGUGACCUUCUGCCCGCUCCGCUCCCCCGCCGUCACCACCGACCACCGCCCGUACAACACCCAGGUCAAGGAGGCCAGCCGCUACGAUGACAACAACGACUACAGCGGCCGCGACCUCGUCAUCCCCAGCUUCUUCUCGCAGGACGUGAUCGACCCACUCAGCGCGCCGACCAGCAUAGCCCGUCUGCUGUCUCUCAUGGAGGACGUCGCAACUCGGACCGGCGGCCUCUCCUCCAUUGCUGGUGCUGGGGCGUCGCGGCUCCGACGGUGGGUGGCCAAGGAGGACGACGACACGGUGUACCUCAAGGUGCCGAUGCCGGGGCUGACCAAGGAGCAUGUGGAGGUGCGCGCGGACAAGAACAUCCUGGUGAUCAAGGGCGAGGGCGAGAAGCAGCCCUGGGACAGCGACGACGACUCCGCGGUGCCGAGGUACAACCGCCGCAUCGAGGUGCCCGCCGCUGAUGCGUACAAGAUGGACAAGAUCAAGGCCGAGAUGAAGAAUGGCGUGCUCUGGGUCACCCUGCUCAAGGUCGAGGAGGAGCGCAAGGACGUCUUCCAUGUCAAGGUCGAGUAGCUAGUGCCGUCGUGGUAGUGCUCAUGGAGGAUGGCCGGCAC